AAGCCAUUAGAAGCAGCUAUAUACAGUAAAAACAGUUUACGUUGUCUAACCUGUGAUUGGAUGAAAAAUACCAGUUAAAGUGAUGUCUUUAGUAAGAAAAUAACCAAUCCAAAAUCAAAAAAUGCAAUGUUUGGGAAUAGUGUAUCAUGUAUUUUGCAUUUAACGUAACUCGUAAUAAAUAUUAUUGUAUUUUCGUAACUUGAAUUGUUUCGGUAUCAUUGCUGUUUGUUAUUAUUAUUUUCAAUAUGAAAAAGGAGUUUGAAUUUGUGUGACAUUAAAUCGGAUCUUUACCUUUGCUACAUUACACGUUUUCGUUUUGUAUUAUGCUUAAAUCCACAGUGCUUUAAACGUAUAUGCUUUCUUAUAUUUUCGGAAAAUGGAUUAUAUCAACAGUACUUUCCAAUGAAUUUUAUAACAGACCUUUAUUUUCAAUAAGAAGACAAUUGUCUUAGUGUCCUAUCUAAUUUCAUCAUGAAAGAAGAAGCUGGGUAAGCUAUGUUUAACUUCACUGUAAAUGUAAACAAACCUAGUUCUCUUAAUGAUUAUAACGACAUUGAAGCAAACGCUAAGGCUCGGAGGAUUACAGCCAAGAUGAGAGCAGAAUGGGCUCGGGAGUUAGAUGAAGUUGGUCAGCUCUUUUGUCCUAUGAUAGGUUGUUUCAAGAAGUUUGUAACCGUUGCCAACUUUCAAACUCAUUAUAAGUGGUGUACUGGAAAAACUGAUUUGCAAAAAUGCCUAUACUGCGACUCACUGAUAAUUACUGCCCAUAAGUCUUUUUAUCAACACAUGAAAGCUUACCAUCCUGAUAAAGUAGAAGAUCAUAAAAACCAAGAUACAGUAUAUGAUCCUGAUGAAGACCCUUCAUCAUCCUUUGUAACUACUGAUGAUGAUGCUAGCUUAGUAAUGCAUGUGGAAGAAGUCACUGAAUCACCUGUAAAAUACCAGAGAACAAGAAAAGCAUCAUUAAAAGAAAAUAAUCAGACUGUGUGGAAACACAAAAUGAAAUCUAUUAAUGAGGCUGCCAUUAAAAACAUCGAUCAGUUUCAAAAAUGUGUUAGGUUUAAUUCAAUUGUUGAUAAAAUAAAUUCAGUUGAUGAAGUUGUUCAUACAAUUGAGGAAUUACAAGAAGCUACUACCAUCAGAUCUCAAAGAACCCCUAAAAAAAGUAAAAAUAUAGUUCCACAAAAUGUUAUUGAAAAUGAGUUAUAUUUUGAAGACCCAGACGACUCUGUUGAUGAACCAUCAAUCGACUCUGAAGUUGUUCAAAGAACUCCGAAAACUGGAACUAAAUCUGUGUUUGUUUUAGACAAUGAGUAUUACAAAAGAUACCAUGAAAAUUUAACAAUGACAAGGGAUUGGUCAUCCGCUCGCAAAACCUACACCCGUUCUCGCAAUUCUAACAGUAUGGGGGAGUCAAAAUUUUGUUCACAAAUGUUAAAUGAUUCUAGUCAAGAUGGACAAACCAUGAAUGAGUUUUCCGAUUCUACAGGAUUUCAGCAAGUGUUAGAACUUCAGCAUUCAGAUCACUCAACUUCAAAUCCUUCACUCAGUUCGGACGAUAGGCUCCAACUCACAGAAAAUUUAGCGCCUAAAGAUUUGAUAUUGCCAUUAGAUCCAAAAAAUGUUGAUUACAAUUUAGAGAUAAUUGCUACUGAAGAAGCGUGUAUCGAUUUAAUUAUGAAUCCUGAUGAUGCCAAAUCUGUUAAAAGUUAUAAAGAAAAUAAUGAAAGCGAGUCUAAAUCAAUACUAAAUCAGAGAAAGUUUAUAAAUCCAGUAAAAUCAUUAAGUUUUGAAGAUGCAGACUUCAAAGAAGACUUCAAUCAAAUCAAUACAUUUCGUAAAAAGAGUCUAGAGUUACGUCCCAUUAUUACCUAUGGUGAGCGAGUUGUUGAAGAACAAGUUGUUACUCCCAGAAAUACUACAGUAGACUUCAAUGAUUUAUUGAAAAAUGUGAAGACUUCAAGAACUGAAAAUGAUAGCUUAAAUUUAGUAACAAGUAAUAAAUAUUCUGGGAGAUUUUUAAAACCUGUUGGUAAUUUUCAGAGAAAUAAAGCAAAAAUUAGUGCUAAAGGGUUAAGUUACUACCGUACUAAACAUUCCAAGACUAAACAUUUCAACAAAUCUAAGUUAAAUGUCCUUACUCUCUUUUCUUGCAAAGCAGCAAAAAAGAGAAGGUUGAAUAAAAACAAUACAAAAUUUUCGAAAUUUUAUCGGCAAUCUAAAUAUGCCUGUGCUGAAAGUGCACAAAUAUCUUGUUCAGAAACUAAACAGGCAAACAAAAUGGUGAAACAUGACACAAUAGGAAAGUCUUUUAAAAGAACUAAACAGAUGAAUUUGCAUAACACAAAUAAAACUCAUAAAUUUCCUUUGAAGAAAGCAAUCACUGAAAAGAAAGUUAAUUCAAAUUCUACAAGAACUGAAUCUAUUCCAAACUACUCUGCCACAGCAAAGUAUAAGAGUUUUUCGGAAGUUAGUGACUUUCUUUAUGAGCAGUCUGCAGCAUCUUAUAAUAAAGUAAUAUCUAAUGUCAUUUUAGAUUGUGAAACUACUUUGAUUGAUUAUCAAGAAAUGGGUGAAUUGUGUGCACCGGAAAUUUCUGAAAAUUUGAAUUAUGCUGAAAGUAAUGUUACUUCUGAAACUGUAAUAGAAGCUUCAAAAAAUUUGAAUUCUGAGGAAAAUACUGUUUCUUCUGAAAUUACACCAAAGACUACUGAAAACUUAAAUUAUGUUGAAAGUUUCAAUACUUCUGAAGCAAGGGGUAGUAACAAAUUUUGUAACUCACAUAGUAGUAUUUCGCAUGAACAGACUGAAACUGUAAGUCAAGUGCAAAAUGUAACUGACCAAGCUAAUAUUUGUAAAGAAAUAAUUAAAGAAGUGCAAAUUAUUUCAGGUACAAAAACAAAUGUUGAGGCAUUUGAUCAAGAUAAAAUUAAAAAAAGUGACUUAGGUUGCACACAAGAAAAUAAUUCUUCUGUAGAAAGUAAAACAUUAAAUGAUUCUUUAAAUUUGCCUGAAUCAAAUAAUGCUGAAAAAACUAAUUUUCAUGAACCUGGAGCAUGCCAAAAUAUUUCAGAUAGCUCUUUAAACAAGAAUAAAACAGACAAUAUAGACGCUGAUCAUAUCAUUUGUAAGGAUAGUCCUACAAAAGCAAAAGAAGUGAUGUUUCAACAAACCAAUAAUGCUGAAAAAUCUGUGGAAAUCAUUAAUCAUUCCACCGGUCAAGACAAGGAUUGUGACACAGUUGUAUCUAGUAUGUUGGUGGAUACGUGCAGUGAUUCUGAGAAAGUAGCUUUGUCAUCUGAAAAAAAUUCUUUAGUCAUUGAAAAAGAUGAAAAUAGUUCUAAGACAUCAGGGAAUUACAGUAUAGGAGAUAUUUCAGAAACUACUCUGUUAUCAAAUAAUAAAGUUAAUGCUGAAGUUGAAGAUACUUUAAAAAAUUCUGUUUGCUUAGAUCAAAUGAAGUUAUCAACUGAUAAAUCAAUGCCACACUCAUCAAAUGUUGAUUUUUUGGAAAAAGCUCUUCAUAACCAACCUGGUACUGAAACUCAAAUUUCCACCACUCUUAAUGUUAAUUCUGAAAGUACUUCUUUUGUCUUAUCAACUGUUACUGAUGAGAGAAAUAAAGGAAAUGAAAUAAAACACAAUGAAAAACUUAAUGAAAAUAAUAAAGUAUGCCUUGUAAUGGAUCGCCAACCCUCAAUAUCAUGUUUAUCAAUUCAGUCUGACAAUACUUCAGCUGAGAUUAAUGUGAAAGCAUCUGUAACUAAUAGUGUUGAAAUUCUAUGUAGUAAUGUUUCAAACUCUGGUGAAUCAGUCAUAGAAAAGGUUGGCGAGAAUUGUUCUGAUAAAUCAAAUUCAAAGAAUGUAGUAUCAAUGAAAGAAGUCAUGAAUGUGGAAACUAGCUUAUCACCCAUAGAUAAAAAAGGUAAAGAUGAAGAAAGUGUAGAAAAAAAAGUCACUCACAAGGGUGAUGAGAUUAUCACGAAUUUAAAUUCAUCCCAAACUAAGUUGGAAGACACUGCAUUAGCUGAACAUUCGCUCUCUGCUUCCACCAGCAAUUUAUCUUUAACAAAUGAUAGGAUCAGUGUGGAAUUAAACACAUCACAAACAGUUAGAAAAAGGGGCAGGCCUAGAAAGGAAAAGAAGAAAGACAUUUGUGAAGGGGACAGGACUGAAAAGAAUGAAAUAGAGGCAGGUAUAUGCCAAAAAACUGAAGCUGUUAAAAACUUAAAUUUGUCAAUUGAAUUAAGAGAGGGUGAGUUAACUGAACAUUUGCCUUCCACAUUAGUUUGUUAUUCAUCUUUAACAGGGGAAGUUAUAAAUGGGGAAAUUAGUACACCACAAAUAGUUAAAAAAAGAGGAAGACGUAAAAAAGAAUUGGCUAAUAAUGUAACUAAUACUGAGGCUUUAGGUUCUGAUGACAUUGCUUCAGUAAAAGUUAGUACAUUUUUAAGUCCAACUGAUUCCGCUGUUACCACCUCUUCCAGAAAAUCUGCCAGAAUAAGAUCCAGAAAAGAGUCCAUGAAGCAAUUAGAUGCUGACAAUGAUAUUUUAAAUACAGAAAAAUUAGAGCUUAUUCGAAGUAAGGAAGUUAACUCUGAUUUGAAGAGCAUGGAUAGGGAAGUGGAACAUGAAAUCAAAGAAAACUUUAUCAAUCAAGAUAAUCUUGACGAAAAUGUGGAAGCUGAUUUGGUAUCAGAACAUAAAGUAAAAAAUUCUUCUGUUAUGCUGUCUCCAAAUCUCCAUAGGGAUAGUGGUCUAAGUGAAAAGUCAUUCACAUCUGAGUUAGAUUCUUCACUAAGCUUGCCUGCAAAAGCAAAAAAGCGUGGUAGACCUAGGAAAUAUCCAAGUCCUACUUUUGACAUAGUGAGUGGAAAAACUGGUUUGUCUCUGAAUUCUAAUGCUAUUAAGCAUCCAGAAACCAGUUUUAAACUUUCUGGUGGGGAAGUCUGCAGUAAAGGAAAUAUAGUUGAAAGCUUAAAAGAAGCUAAUUCAAGCUUUACUGAAGAGUCUAAUUCCGUUUUUGAAGAAAAUGCUCUUGUAGCUAAGAAAGCUGGUGUAAAAAUACUAGAUCGGAGUGGAACACCCAAAAAAAAGAGAGGAAGACCCAGGAAAUACCCAUUGAAAGAACAGAGUAAUGAGCUAUUAAAUAGUGUACCCAGUGAUAUAAAUGAAAGUAAUUCCCAUUUUAUACCAUCAAAGCGCAGAGGAAGAAAGAAACAAAAACUUGACUCUCAUGUUUUAUCAUUUAACAAUGCAGGUGUAUCUGAAAGAAAUGACUACUCUCUUUUGGCUAAUGUUACUCAACUUCAUGAUCCAAAUUUUCGUAAAAGUCCACGAAAAGGUCAGCCUAAAAAAUGUGCAAGAUAUGCAUACAUAAAUUCGACUGUUGAAAACUGUGAUCAACUUAUUGAAGAUAGUGAUUUUGAAGAAAAAACUGUGCUUCUCCCAAAAUCAGGGAAAAGGAAGGGUAUUAAAAGGAAACGUGAAUCUGAUUUUUCUCCAGAGCAAACUCCAUCUGAAACUUCAAGUGUAGAAGACAUGUUUAUCUCUGGUGCUUCAAAUGUACUGAUGGAAGGGGUCACCUUACCUCCCAAACAAACAAGGAUAUCAGAUACAAGCUAUUCUGGAAAACCCAACAGACGAAAUUUCCAUGAUAAAUCUAUGAAUAGAUUGUAUAACAAAGUUUUGAAGGUUGGAACAGAUUCUUCCUUUGAAAUUGCACCUGAUUCAGAAGAUGAUUUUUCCAUGACAUCUGUUUCAAACUUCAUUCAAAAACAAGAGAAACUUUUUCUACGGUUCAAACCGAAGAAAUGUUUAUGGAAGGCAUUAUCAGAAAGUGAACAAGUGCAAUAUUAUCCACCUUUGGUAAAAUCAAUGCCUUUGAGACCUAAAUCAAAUCAAAAUAAUGUGGAAUUAGCCUGUUUUGAGAGUGUUACUUUAAGUGACAAAAGAGAUUUUGCAUUUUUUACUGGCGGUCCCAUUUGGAGUUCUGCUUGGUGUCCAACUCCCGUUGACAAGAAAGUUCAUCAAUAUUUAGCUCUUGCCACCAGUGGAAGUUUAGCGAAUUAUUAUUCCUUUACUGCAAAUAAUGAGGGGAAAAGUUUAAUUCAGCUGUGGAAUAUGGGUUUUCUUCAAACUUUUGAUUUGGAGCAAACACCAACUUUGCAGCUCUGCUUAGUAUUUAAUUAUGGCAAUAUUUUUGAUAUGGCAUGGUGCCCAUAUGGUUGCUGGGAAGAUCCUGAACAAGAUGGUGAUAUGUCAAGAUUAGGUUUACUUGCAGUUGCAAGUUCUGAUGCAUUUAUUAGAAUAUAUAGCAUUCCGCAUCCGAAUUUCACCAAUUCAGAUGCAAGCAGUUUUCCUUUAUACGAUGUGUCUCCUUCAGCAGUUUUGAAACCUUUGUACAGUGCUCCUGGCACAAUUACAGAAAAAAAUGCAUGCAUCACUUUACAUUGGGAAAAAACUGGCAAAUGUGAACGCAUUGCUGCAGGAUAUGGAAAUGGUAAUAUUUGUGUUUGGAUGUUGAAUACAUCCUCAUCUUUACUUACCGGAAAUGAAGACAAUGUAUAUGUUCCUUAUUUACUGUUCCGUUCCCAUUCUACUCCUGUCACUGCAGUGGCAUUUGCAAACUUAUCAAAAAGUCAAUGGCUUGUUAGUACAGGCUUUGAAAAAGAAGUGAAGUUUUGGAAUUUAAAUGACACAUCUUUACCAGUUGCUACUGUCAAAGAUGGCUAUGCUAGCAAUGUGGAAUGGGGUGCCCAAUGUUGUGGAGCAUUUAUAACUAACCAUGAUAGUGUUAGUUUCAGAGCAUCUCACUUUUUACGAGAAUUUGAACUUGAGACUUCUGUUGCAACAUGUAUGGAUGAUUGUAAUAUUACUACAAAGAAGAGUGGAUAUUCUGAACCAAUGAAUGCUAUUGCUGUUUCUGAUGAGAAUGGUACAAUUACAGCUAAGAUUCUACAUACUCUUCACGGUUUACAUCCUAGUUCUUUGGAAAAGUUUCCUCGUCGCAAAAGUCAUGCAGGGAAAGCUGUCAUUCCACCAUUAAAAGAAGUGGAUAAAACUGCAGAACCUUUUAUUAAUUAUCAAGAUUUGGCUGUAAAUACUAUCUCCUGGAAUCCAAAUCAUAGUUCACGCUUUUGGUUAGUUGCUGGUGGCUCUUCAGGUGUUGCUAGACUUUCUUGUCUGCAUGAUUUAAAAAUUGAUGAUGCUAUUUCAUAGACCAGUGCAUCAUACUUGUGAUAAAAGUACACUUCAUAAAUUGUUAUUCAUCAUUCAUUAUGUGUAUAUUUUCACAUCAUGUACCUCCUUAACUGUUAUGCAAAACUAUAUGCCAGAUCAUCAUCAAUUAUCUUUAAUCAUAUUUGUAAUAGUUAUAUCACUUGGAUCACUUUUAAAGAUUUUUCUAUCUGUAUUUUCUUUUAUAUUAAAUAAUCUGUUUAUGAAAAAAUAUAAAGUUCAAUUACGUUAGUAAAAUACUUUGUAAUUUUGCAUAGUUAGAAGGAAAUUAAUAGCAAAUUAUUUUAUAAAUCUGUGAGAACUAUAAGUUUUAUUGUAAUUAAUGUAUUAUUUAAGCAUGUAUUAAACAUUUUGUUAUUGUUCUUAAAUUCUGGAAUAACAGUUGAACAAAUUUAUUAACACAAUAUAGCUCUUAAAAUAUAUCUUUGAAUUAUAAAUUUUGUCCAAUCUAAAAAUUUAUGUAUAAAAAAUAUAUUACAUCAUUUUUUUAAAGACCACAAUUAUAAAUCUUAAAUAUGCAUAAAAAAAUUUUUAAGCAUGUAAAAUAAUGCUUUUUAAAAGCAUGUAAUAAUGUGCUUGUUUGUGCUUUUUUUAAGCAUGUAAUAAUUCAACCUUAAGAUCAAAAUACAAACAGAAAUCGAUUUUUUCAUCAUGGCAUAAAAGUUGUUACUAAAUAUUUCAAAGUUAAAGAGAUUUCAUGUUCAACUAUUUCUUCUUCAAUUAUUAUCAAAUAUAUUUUGCAAAAUAUAUUUAAAAAAAAAUUAUUUUAUAUAUAAGAAUGUAUUUUUUUAGAAAAUAUUUUCAAUCAUGUAUAGAUAUCCUAAUAGUUGUUAUGUUACUUUUUCUCUCUAAUUUAUCUUAAUAUCAAUAAUAUCAACGUUGAUUUAAGAUAGAUAUUUUCCCAUUUGAAAUCAACUAAACAUAAUGUAAGAUUUAAGUUUUACCUGGAAAUAAUUUUUUAAAAGUUUUUUCAGGUUGCAUAUUUUCACAGAUAAACUUUUGCCUUUAAUUAUUAUUAAGAAUAUUGCAUGUUAAAGGCUAUUUUUUCCCCAAAUUUUAAGAAAUAAAUGAGUAUAAGAACUUAAAAUUUAGAUUUUCUGUGAGGAAAAAAGAAGUGAAAAUCAGCUGUUUAAUUAGUUCUUAUAAGCUUGUUGAGAUGCAAUAAUUUUUCUGUGUGACAACAAGAACAUCUUUUUGAGGAAAUUAUUCUAUUACAGUGCAUUUUUUAAACUAUUUUAAAAUUGAAACUUUAGUAUAAAAUUAUAAGUAUAGAAAUUUACUUAGUUGGAUUAUCCUAAGCAUGAAUUGAAAUGUUAAUUUUUCACUAAUUUUUUUUCAUAUCUUAUAAAGUGAUCAUAACUAUUCCAAAAGUGAUAUGGGUGUUCACAGUUCUACUGAAUUGUAUAUAUAUUUUAUAUAUAAAUGGAAUACUGAAAUCUAAAUGUGCUUAUAUUUUAGAUUUAAUGGUCCAACUUUAUUAAAAAAACUUAUUAAAGAAAUUAAUUUCAUAAAAGGAAUUGAAUUUUUAUUUUCUAAUGAUUUGUUUGUUUAAUGGCUUAGUUUGUGUUUUCUGAAUAAUUUUUUUCUUCAUUACAACAGAAACCAUUAAAUUGUUUUAAUUUCAAAGUAUAUUGUCGACAUGAAAUUUCCAUUCAACAUGUUCUUUUGUUUUGAUGUGUUAAGGAAAAUUUUAAAACAAUAAUUUUUUUUUCUGAUAAAAUAUAUAAAAAAAAUGAAUUGUUGAUUUCUUUUUUCUUAGUUAAUCAUAAUAUUGAUUGCACAAAAAAAGAAUUUUAAAUAAUGUAAAUAAUUUAUUAAAUGUACAUAUGAUUGUAUAGUUUAUAUUUACCCAUAUUUAUAUGAGUGUAUUAAUUUCAUUCUUCGGCUUUCUAUUGUCAGCAAUUUACAGCUUAUAUUGUUUACAUUUUGACAUCUGUCAGCAAAUUAGAUUGUAUUUUCUUGUAAUAUUGGAUAUUAAUCAUUGUUUAGCAUAAAUCAAUGUCAUUUCUCAGUUACAUUUGAACUAAAUUUGUCUGUUUAUAAUAAAGAUAUUAACGUUUUUAAAUUUAGUAAAAAUCUCUAGAUUUGAAACUAAAAUUAUUUUUUAAUUGUGUUAGUGAUUUAAAAAAAGCAUGUGUAAAAUUAUAUUGAGCUUCUAUUUAUAGUUCUAUGGCUCUGGGUAAAUCUCUUGAUGAUAAUUAUAUAAAAUUGAUCUAUGCUACUAAAUUUGUCAAAAAGACGAUUUUUGUGUUGUUUGUUGUGGUUUAAAUUAAUUUAAUAUUAUUUUUUUUUCUUUACAUUUUGGCCAGAAAGUAAGUGUAUACAAAAAAAAUUGUAUCAGGGCAUAUUCUUUCAUUUAAUUUUUUGAGCUCUUAUACUCCUAGCAUUCAAUGUGCAUCAUAAAAAGCAGAACUUAAUAAUUUUUUAUAUAAAAAUUUACUAUAUUUUGGAAUUAGUUACCAUUUGAAUAAGCAUACUUUUUUUCCUCGGAAGAUUUUCAUUUCUGACUAUUAGGGUAUAGCUACUAUUUUUAAAUUACAGUACUAAUUAUUUAGCUUUGAGAGCACUCGAAAAACCCCUUAUAUCAAUUUCACCUUUUGCGUAAUUCACCAUGCUUCUAGAAGUAUAAAGUAAAAUUUAAAAACAAUUUCUACAUAUUUGUAAAACUUGUGUAUUCAGUGUUAAUUCCAUGCAAAAAUAAUUGCUUUUUUACUUUAAAUUUAGUAAUGGUAAAAAGCAAUUUGCAUUUUUUAUGCAAAUUUUGCUUUUUGUCACAUAAAAUAAUAGCUUAUAAGGAUAAUGAAAUCUUUUACCUCUUGCAAUUCAACAAUGAAUAAUUAUGAAAAAAAUUCUAUUGAAAUAUCUUAAACCGAAAAAUUUUUAUGUUUGUUGAUAAAAAAAAAACAUUUAUUUUCCGAAAUAUGCUAAAAGUAAAUUUAACGUUGAGGCGGUCGAAUUUUGACCUCUCUCUUGUGGCUCUAUUUUGAGAGUAAAAAAGCCAAAUUCAUUGGAAAAUAUUUGUUUAUUCAGAGAAAAUAGGUUCACCAUGUGAACCUAUUUUCAACUAUUUUGAUCUAUAUUUAAUUUCGUAAAACUUAAAUUAUUAUCUACACCGAGUGUGGUGCAAUAUUGUUGUGCAGUGAUGAUUCCUUUUUUCUUGUUCUCUAAGUGCAGCUUUAGAGAAAUUCUCACAUAUUAAGUUGCAGAUAACGCAAAAAAAAAAGGCAAAUAGCAUUUUUUUUCUAUUAAAAACCUUUUUCUUUUCUUUUUUAGAGUUUAAAAAAGAGCAGUAUGUAUCCUAAUGAAGAAAUCCAUAAGCUAAUGCCCAUAAACAAUUGGGGUCUCAGAUUGUUUUACAUGUUAUCUCCACUCUUAAAUUGGGAUUUUAAAAAAAUAUUUAAAUGAUGAAUUUUUCUAUAAAAUGUCACGUAAAAGUCUAAUUCACCUUGGUAACUGCUGUGCGGCCAGUAUUCUGUAUAUUCUUGAUUUUAAUCCUUUGACACAAGUGAAACACUCUUGCACGAUUUUAUGGCUAUAUUCUUACAAAUUCUUGCAAAAAUGAAUUUAGAUAUUCUUUAAUUAUAAAAAAUAGUCUAAUAGUAAUUUUAAAAAAAUCUCUUAAAUUAUGAGAAUUAUAAUUGUAUUAAAAUGUAAAAUCCGAAAAGUCAUAUUCAAAAAUUUAUCAAUAAUUGAUUUUGUAAAUUAUAAGAAUUUCAAUGAUGAAUAUCUGUUGUUUUUUUUCUUCUUUAGAUCUAAGUGCAAAUUUGAAAAAAUAUUUUUUGAAAGUGAGUCGUGUCCUGAAGAUUUUACCAUUAUCACAGAAAAAAAUACUGGCAUUAAUGUACUAUAUUACCUAACCAUAAAUUAUUGAAACGUUAAAUAUAAUAUUCACUUACUUAGACCUAAAUUAAUAUAAUAUAAUAAAAAUUCUGCGUCAAAGGGAUAAACAAGUUGGAAGCUAGUUCUAGUGCGUCAAUUAAUGGGAAACUACGAUGUAAUUUAUAACUAUAAAUUUGCCAUAAAAAUUUAUAAAAUAUAUAACUGUUGUAUACACUUAAUUUUUGUCUUUUUAUGUUGUAAUUUUAUGAUAACUUGAAGUUAAUACAAGAUAUGUGUUUUAUAAAGAGCAAGGCACGUUAGAGUCUAUAUAUAUGUUAUUAAUUUAAGUUUAUUGUAUAACAAAUAUAAGAGAAUUUUUUAAAUGUAAAUAAAGUUUGUACGCCUUAUCAGCCUUUGUUUUAUUUAUUUUUUAUUAAUAUUGAAUAAAAACUUAUUUAUUAAUUCCUUAUGUAUAAUAGUUAUGGUCUGGGCUUGUAAAAUAAAGUCGCCAUUGGCAAUCAGUAAAUUUUGAA